AUGAAAUGGUCAAAUGUAGUCGCAAAUAUAGCUACUAUAUAUAUCAUAAGCUUCGCAGCUGGUAUGCAUCUGAAACACCAUUCUAAUUCUUCAAGAGUACGAAAAGGUGUAGAUGAGUACCCGUUACAGCACUCAAGUAGUAGCCCGCAUAAAAAAUACCAUAAACGUGAUCCUCUACGUAAUGAUGACAAACAUUUAGAGCUUGAUAAUGCGCUUGGAAAUGAUAUUGACGUUAACAGGGAAGAAGAUGAUCCAGACAGUUUGUUUGGUGCUCUAAACAGCAAAAAUGAGACGCAUCAAGGAACCAAACACCAGCGCGAUUCCCAUGUGGAUCAACCGAACAUGGGUGGGGAUAGUUCAGCUGUACAAGAGAAAGAGAAAUGCGACGUGAUCGACGGUACCCAUCCGCAUGAAAGCGUCAAAGGACUAGAAUACCUUGGUUGUGGAUAUGAUGUUACCAAAUCAAAGCCAUUCGGUGACGGCGAAACCUUCCUUGACACUGGAUACACACAACCAGUCAUCCAAUUUGAAUGGCCAUGCGAAAACAAUGAUAAGUCACCUAUAAUACCACUAGGUGUUUGGGUCAGACGAGAACCAGCAUGCCAUAGAGGACAUGAGAAGCGUGAAAUACAAAGUGAAGAGUCACUAGCAUCUAUGCUAUCUGAGGACGUGAACUCGUUCAUUGGUGUAGGUGAACUAGGUGUGAAUUCCGUGAAACAAUCAAGGGACAUCAAAGCGUUAUCAAAUAUCGCUAAAAAACAUACUUUCGCUUUGAAGUCAAAUUGCGCUGUGUUCACUACGGGCAUGUUGUUGUCCUCAGAAUGGAACGUAACCAGGGCAUUCAACAAUGCCACAAAACUCCUACUGGAAUUCCCAAACAUGGAUAAGUGUAACGCAGUGGAAAAUUACCGGCUAGACACAUCCUGCAAGGAAUACUACAAAAUCUGGGAAGGCUUCUUCAACAGUUAUGGGACGCACGUUAUUUCGAGGCUCACUAUGGGUGGUAAAAUUUUGCAGAUCUUCGAUAGCCUCGAAGCUAUGGAAAAUAGUGCAAAGUCCCACCAAAGAAAUGCCAGAGUAGACUUCAAUUUCUCUCUAAUAACUGGCAAUCUAACCAAAGAACAGGAGAAAGAAAGCGAAAUAGCUGAAAGAGCAAAACAUCAAAAUAGCAAGAUUUUUAUCAUGGGAGGUGACGAUUUCAUCUCCGCAGACACACCUUAUGGGUUCAGGAGCUGGGUGGAAAGCAUUGAACAUAACGCAAUGCCUAUCAACAUACAGCUUACACCCAUAUCACAAUUCAUUCCACAAGAAAUCAGAAAGCACUUCUGGCGGGCAUUGAAGAUAUAUAGUGGAACUUAG